AUGUCUAGUGACCAGCAUAAUGAUCCACUUGUGUUCAAAACUCAGUUGGUUCUUUGUCUUUGGGCGGGUAUCUCAACGUUUAUCUUAUUUUGUAUUUUGCGGUUUAAAUGGCCACACAUUUAUGCAUUAAGGACAUUAAGACGAAAUACAUUAAAGCAGCUUCCUAAUGGGGUAUUUAGAUGGGUUAAGGUGGUUUAUUCAAUAACAGAAGAUGAGGUUUUGGAAUACUCUGGCUUGGAUGCAUAUGUAUUUUUAACUUUCUUCAAAAUGGGUAUCAAGAUUUUCUCAUUACUUGCAUUAUUUGCCGUGUUUAUCUUGAGUCCAAUAAGGUACUACUUUACCGGAAACUAUGACAAGGAUGACCUUGUACUGUCAGUAUAUAAGGCAUUCUUCACAACCAUGCAACCUCCCGAUUUUAGUGACGACUUCCCCAAGUUUUUGUGGGUAUACCCUAUCUUUACGUAUAUUUUCUCAAUCAUCGUUUACACAAUCUUGCUCAAUGUCACCAAGAAGGUAUUGAAGAUAAGGCAAAAGUACUUGGCGGCACAGGACUCGAUUACUGACAGGACUAUCAGGCUAGAUGGGAUACCAAAAAAGCUUUUGAAAAAGAACAGUCCAGAUGUUUUGAAACGCUUCAUUGAAGAUUUGGGAAUCGGUAAAGUUCAAGAUAUCAAAUUGAUUUAUGACUGGACUCCUUUAGAGAAGCUUUUUAAGCAAAGAAAAUUAGUAAUUGGUAGGCUUGAAGAACUCUAUUCUUCCCUAUAUCAAUUGAAGAUUGAUAUAUUCGGUCUAGAUAAAGUGCCAGCAGUUACCUUGCUCCAUUCUGAUUUCGAUCAGCAUGAAUCUACCAAAAGACAAAAGAAACAGAAAGAAGAGAUCGUGAAUCUUGCAAAAAAAUUAAUUGAGCUCGAUAACAGUAUUAAAGUUAUUCAGCUGAAAUAUGAUCCUGAACCUUCGACCAUUGAUAUAGAAGAAGAUCCUGAAUUCAAGCUUUUGGCGAGUGCAUUUAUAACUAUGGAUUCUGUUGCGUCUGCCCAAAUGGCAGCUCAAACUGUGCUUGACCCGAGAGUAUACAAAUUGAUCGUGAGCUUGGCGCCAGCUCCAAAAGACAUUAAAUGGGAGAACUUCAAAUUGACGUAUUAUCAGAAAUUGAUCAAAGCUUACCUAAUAACGUUUGUUGUUAUAUUAAGUUAUACAUUUAACUCUGUCUUGGUUACUCCUUUGACAACAUUGCUUGAUUUGAAGACAUUGACAAAACUUUGGCCAGCUUUGGGCAAUUUUAUAAGUCAAUCCACAUGGUUAACAACUUUCGUAACAGGAAUUUUGCCACCGUUAUUAUUUUCCAUGUUAAAUAUAUCAUUACCAUAUUUUUACAAGUUUCUUUCCCAAUAUCAAGGUUAUUCAUCAAAUAGCGACGUUGAGCUAGCGACAUUACUGAAAAACUUUUUUUUUGUUUUCUUUAACUUGUUUUUGGUUUUUAUUGUAACUGGAACAUUCUGGGACUAUAUUUCCUAUAUUAGUGAUACGACUAAAAUUGCAUAUCAACUUGCCAGGUCUCUUAGAAAGCAAUCUUUAUUCUACGUUGAUUUAAUUUUAUUACAAGGAUUAGCGAUGUUUCCAAUUAAGCUCUUGCAAAUAGGAGACUUUUUGAUUGCAAACAUAAUAGGGAAGUUAUUUUUUUUGAGGAGAUUCAUAUUAAAGACGCCAAGGGACUACAGAUUUUAUUACUACACUCCACCUAUCUUCGAUUUCGGCAUCCAAUUGCCUCAGCAUAUGUUAAUUUUUAUUAUUAUCUUGAUAUACUCUGUGGUUUCAACAAAAAUUGUCACUAGUGGAUUGGUAUAUUUUAUCUUGGGACACUUUGUGUAUAAAUAUCAACUAGUAUAUAAUUUUGUUCACCCACCUCAUUCUACAGGUAAAGUAUGGCCAAUGGUUUUUAGACGUGUGAUGCUAGGUUUGUUGAUAUUUCAGUUAUUCAUGUGUGGAUCAAUGGCUUUGGAAGGUGCUAUCUUACUUUCGGCUCUUUGCACGCCACUUGUAGUAGUCACAUUAGUAUUUGAGUGGAACUUUGAGAGAAAUUAUCUUCCUUUGAAUACAUUUAUUGCUUUGCGGGCCAUUCAAAACCCAUACGAUUUCGAUAAAGAAUUUGAUGAUGACAGUCUGCUGGUUUCAACGAGAACUGAAGGAGUCCAAGAAGAUGAAUCUAGUUCUGAUCUAGAUCAAACUCUUGAUGAAACUUCGCAUUUGAUGACUGCGCACUCAAGAGCUAGCCUGCAAGGACAAUUGAGUAGACGACGGUCAACGAUUGACGAGGAAAGAGAGCAAUUUACCGACUACACAUACCCUUUGGUGAUUGAUUCUUUAGAUGGGCCCUGCAUUGGAUUUGAUGGUGACUAUAUCUCAGUUGUUGAGUACGAUAAAUCGCCAAGUGUUAUCAGUAACGAAAUUCUUGAGAGUGGAGAAUAUUCAAUUGUUCCUUCUAGUCUGAGAGAAAUCGUACUCAGAAAGCGUUACACAGUCUCUGAAUGGGAAUAA